UUAACUCCUUGGUGCUUUUGCAUCUUGUUAUUGCUAUUGUUGUGUUUUUUUUCUUUUCUUUUCUUUGUGCGCUCUUUCAAUUUUCUGUCUGUCUAUUUUCAUCUGAAAAUAUUCAGAGACGUUCUUCGUGUGAGGAGACAAACACCUAAUGAUUUUGAUACCUUCCAACGCGACAUCGUGAAGCGGAGAUCAUAGAAUGAUCUUAAGAAUUAUAGAACUGUAGAACUCUAGAAUUUUUUAAAAAGUUUCUGUCGAACUUAAAUCUUAUAUUGAAGAUCCAAUUAAUCAUCUACAUUGAAAAUCUUGCAAAUUACAGGCGAGAACUAUGUACGACGACAAUAAUCUAAAGAACCCAGAACUUUGUGAAGAAACGAAAUGCUCCCAACAACAGAACGGUAAAGUAGGACAACAACAGAUGCAACACACAAUACGUGUUCUUUCUAUUGAGGAUAUUCUUCGAGAUGAAAAACGAUUUACUCCUUCACCAGAUAAAACUCUUUGUACAAACUCGAAAAGUCUUUGUUCUAGUUCUUUUCCACAUGAAGCUUCAAAUGUUUUAAGUUCGAGCCUUCCUGACGUAUCUCCAUUCGGUGCAGAAUUUCCACCAAGGCACACAAUGAAAUCAAUUUAUGGUCCCUGUCUACCAGCGUGGUCUAUGCCUCAGAUGGCACCCACUAAUACCACUGCCAAUUGGGUCUACCCGGCACUGCUUCAAAGACAAUUACUCUUCGACUUCAGUGCGCAGAGAAACUUUGCACGUCGUCAGAGACGGACAAAUGUGGAACGGAAACCUCGUCAGGCUUAUUCUUCAAAACAGCUAGAAAGACUUGAAUCAGAGUUUAAGAAUGAUAAAUAUCUGAGCGUCAGCAAAAGAGUCGAGCUCUCCCAAGCGUUACAGCUGUCCGAAACUCAAAUAAAGACUUGGUUUCAAAACAGAAGGACAAAAUGGAAGAAGCAGUUGGCGUCACGGUUGAAAUUAGCACAAAGACAAGGGAUUUUACCAUCGGCCUACUGGAAUGCUGCUUUCCCGAGUUAUACUAAUAUUUUCCAACCUUACCCCGCCACAAACCUCUCUGAUCUGUCAUCAAAUCAAACAGCACAGAUUCAGCCUUCAUCGAGUCUUUCGUUUGCCAUGAACCUUGGCUAGAAUUCUCUGCAGCGCACACCGUAGGAUUUUGCACAAAUACCUUACGCUGUCCUUAAUCAUGCGACAUUUGUACUGUACACUUCCUUUCUCUACCUUCUCUUCCCACUCGCUAUCAUUCUGUCUAUUACUUUUUUGCUUCUCUUCAUAAACUACAUGGUAUUUUUGUAAACUUUAUAUUUUCAUAUUCGUAGAAAACCAUUGGGUGAAAGUUUAUCGGAAAAGAAUUUUGCAUAAGCAUGA